CGCCUUUUUAGGGGUUCAGCCCCGGAGUCGGGGCCCGGGCGCCUUAGCUCCGCCGGUGAUCGGGUUGCCAGCUCCCCGGAGGUUCAGGCCAGCGGUUUACUGUGUCCGUUCUGGUCUCUCCAUCUGCUCCUGGAUAGAGGACUAGGAGGCUAGAAGAUCUCUUCACGGUGCGGGGCGCAGAUGGAUCCGCUUAGGGCCCAGCAGCUGGCGGCGGAGCUGGAGGUAGAGAUGAUGGCUGAUAUGUACAACAGAAUGACCAGUGCCUGCCACCGGAAGUGCGUGCCUCCCCACUACAAGGAAGCAGAACUGUCCAAGGGCGAGUCUGUGUGCCUGGACCGCUGUGUCUCCAAGUACCUGGACAUCCAUGAGCGGAUGGGCAAAAAGUUGACAGAGUUGUCUAUGCAGGAUGAAGAGCUGAUGAAGAGGGUGCAGCAGAGCUCUGGGCCCGCGUGAGGCCCAGACAGUAUACGCCCCAAGGUGCACCCUGCCCCUUCCCACUUGUCUAAUAAAAAUGCCCCCAUUGGGUGUCAUCUGUGAAGACUGCCGGGCCUAGGCUCUCUCUGGAGAACCUCCAGGAGCCUAGAGUAUGGUAGAGCUCUCUCCUGGUCAAAGAAGGGGUAUUUCUCACACAGGAAUGUGACUGUGUAUGUGUGUAUGUAUAUAUAUAUUAAAGCAAGUCUGUUGA